CCCGAAUUCAGAAACAGAAAUCCACUGGUACGCCGUCGUAUUGAAGUUUUCCGGUAGAGUUUCUACCGGCAUAAGCAUUUUUGUAUAUCCAAGGUCACAGGUCGUAACUCCUGGAUUAGAUGUGGAGAAUCAAAGGUAGACUUUCAACAAGGUUAAUGAAUAUUUGUGUAGCAUCUCUUUGUAAAGCAAAACAAUUGGAGAAAGCUGAAGUUGUAAUAGUUGAUGGCAUAAGAAUUGGAGUACAACCAGAUGUGGUCACUUAUAAUACACUGAUUACCGCAUAUUGCCGCUUUGUUGGCAUUGAUGCAGGUUAUUCCAUCCUUUAUAGGAUGAAAGAAGCUGCAAUUUAUCCUGAUACUAUUACAUAUAACUCUUUAAUAGCUGGAGCUACCAGAUAUUGCAUGCUAUCUCGAUGUUUCGAUCUGUUUGAAGAAAUGCUUGAGAUGAGUAUUCUUCCUGAUAUUUGGAGUUACAAUACAUUAAUGCAUUGCUUCUUUAAAUUGAGAAAGCCAGAUGAAGCAUACAGGGUUUUUCAGGAUAUUCUUUUGAAAGAUAUUUCUGUUCAUCCAGCAACAUUCAAUAUAUUAAUUAAUGGUCUUUGUAUGAAUGGAUAUACAGAGAAUGCCUUAAUGUUAUUUAGGAGUAUAAAACGUCAUGGAUUUAUUCCCCAAUUAGCAACUUACAACAUUCUUAUUCAUGGGUUGUGCAAGUCAGGACGGAGUAAAACUGCAAGAGAAUUUCUCAACGAGCUGGUAGAAUCAGGUCAUAUCCCCAAUGCCAUCACUUAUACGACAGUAAUGAAAUGCUGCUUCAGAUGUAGACAAUUUGAAGAAGGCGUUAAGAUCUUUGCAGAGAUGAGAAGGAAAGGAUAUACAUAUGAUGCCUUCGCCUACUGUACAGUUGCAAGUAUGUUACUUAAAACUGGGAAGAUGAAUGAGGCCAACGAGUACCUGGGCUAUAUAAUUACAAAUGGUUUUGACCUUGAUAUAGUGUCUUUUAAUACCAUUGUUAAUCUAUAUUGUAAGGAAGGUCAGCUGGAUAAUGCUUAUAAAUUGUUACACGAGGCCGAAAAAAAAGGGUUGGAGUCUGACAAGUACACCCACACUAUCUUUAUUGAUGGCUUGUGCAGGACUGGUAAUUUCAAAGAGGCCCAACAACAUUUGGACUAUAUGAGUAUGAUGGGUUUUGAUUCUAACUUGGUUGCUUUGAAUUCUUUUAUUAACGGGUUGUGUAAAGCUGGUCACCUUGAUCAUGCUUUACGGAUGUUCGAAUCAAUGGAUGCCAAAGAUUCUAUUACUUACUCCACUAUGGUGCAUAGUCUUUGCAAUGCCAGGAGAUUCCGUGCAGCAUCUAAGCUAUUACUAUCGUGUAUAAGAGGUGGCAUGAGAAUUCUUAAAUCAGAUAAACGUGGUGUUAUUGAUGGUCUUCGUGGUUCUGGAUAUUCGCAAGAAGCAAGGAAGGUCCAGUCUAAAAUUCGAUUGGCUAAGAUACUGCAUGAUUAAUUAGGGAUGAUGUUCAACUUUGCCACUCAAGUGUUAACCUUGUUUAAUUGCCUAAGGUUUUGCAUUAUAAGUCUUUAUGGAAGCUUUAAAAACUGAGGGAUCAUGCAACUGAGAAUACAACCUACAUUACCCAAUUUUAAGUUAAGUACUUAAUCCUCUUGUAAGAGGCAAACACAUGACACUGCUGUGAAGAGGUCGUGAAUUCUAUACCUUUCCUCAUCCGAAAGAUAGUGAUGACAUGAUGUUGAAACUGUGAAGAGUUAUUGCAACAACAACAUAUACCUAAUGGGGUCUGGGCAAGGUAGAGUGUAUGCAAACCUUACCCCUACCUCAUGGAGGUAGAGAGGUGGUUUCCGGAAGACUUUCGGAUCUUGACUUAUUAUGCGGAAGUACAUGCAUGUUUUAUUACAGAUGCGAAACAAUUAGGUGGGCCAAAACUCAUGUCAUUCUGGACUCUGAAUCUGAAAUCACUAAGCUGUCGUGUUUGGCUGAAGAUAAAUCAAAGAUUUUAAUGCGGUUGCGCAAUGGGUUACUACUUGAAUAGAAGUUUGCCUAUUGAAGCUUGAAGUUGAGACUGAGCAAUUUCAAAGAUUUGGGACAAGUAAGAUAGCUUCUAAAGCUUCUUCUGUCAAAUGCCAUGAACUUAGUAUGAAUGACAGUAUUUGAGAUUGAAAAGAUUCAAUAACACCAGAAAAGACCAAGGCAAAAGAAAAAGUAGUGGGUAGGAGCCACUUUACUCACAUUCAGUAGCAGCUUGCUAGUGUCCUUUCAGGUCAGUAACUCCUGCAAUAGGCUGCUAGGUUACUUGAAACUUAUUUUUUGGUUUUCCUGUCCUAAUUGAAGGUGAGUGGAAAGUUUACGCCAAUGUGUCUUUUAAAAGCAAUAGUAUUACUUGUUGGAAUAUUAAGGGAUAAAAGCAAUAAAACAAGAUUCUAUCUUCUUUGGCUAAUUGCAUCACUCUAGACUUGAUAUGCCCGGAAAAGGUGUCUCUCGCUCAAGUGCAGUAUCCCUUCUCUCUUUCAUCUACCUUUUACCUUUUGAUGUUCUGUGUAUGCUUUCACACUUUUGGCCAUUCUCUGCUAAGUUUAAGUAUGAAAAAGGUUUCGGAAAAACACCUAUCAUUGGUUCUUUAUAUGCCCCCAUUUUAGGGUUUUCAGUCAUUUUGAAGUGGAAGUAGACUGCCACUGUUAAAUCAAAGGCCAAAAGCCCAAAACAUUAGUUAAUUGGUUAAUAUUUCCAUGUAUAUUUUCUUUGUUCUGUUUCACUUCCAUGAUCCUUCAUCUCUUACGCUGCCUUUUUCAAUAUAUGGUUCACAUUGUGUCAAGCUAAAUAGGCUUCUGAAGUCCUUAAACUCUUCCUCUCGUUGUCAAUAUUAAAUCGUGGAUCUUAGAUUCAACUGUUCACUGUUUGUGAUUCUAUUCCUGCUAUUGCCCUCUGCUCGUCUUUGGGUUUAGUUAACCUUGAGUGGAUUUUCUUUUAAUAUACUUGGACUAGAUUCUUUGUAUAAACUGUCCGUGUUUGGUUCACAAGAUGGGAUGGCAUGAGGAGACAUAAGAACGACUCAUCUUCUUAUCCUUUCUUUAGUGGUGAGAUGAGGAGUUAUCA